AUUCUCCCUUCAAGGGCUUCCCAAGUCUGCCACUAAGAAGUCAAGGUUACAAUUUGAACUGCUGUGGUUGAGACUUUUUGUAUAGAGCUCAGAAAUCUUGGUAAAUUGGUAUGGACACUAAUUAAUUAGCAUUAAUGCUGUACAGAAGGACAGCAUGAAUAAUGGAUGUUUGUGGGGUGCCCUGUGGACUAUAGAGCUGGUGAUGGGAAACAUUUAUAAAAUAACCUGUUUCCUCCUUUCUAAACAAAGCGAUGCUAAAAGCUUGGGGCUGAUAGUUCUGCUGUUGACACUGGCAACUCCUACUCUAUCAAUCCAGACGAAGUAAAUUCACUUUUCUGGAGGCUCCGGCUCUGUAUGUAUUUGUGAGAGUCCAAGUGUGUCGAUCCCUGGAAUGCCAGCAUCCGCAGAUUAUUCUGGGCUCAGCAAUCCGUGACUUUGGUGCCAGAGGCAGCACAGGAAAGGCACUUUUUUUUCACUGCUCAGUUCCCAUCACCAAGGCUCUUCCCACCACCUCAGAGAGUCCUCUUCCUCACAGAAAUAAGGGACUGCGAACAUGGAAUAUGGCAUAUUCCCACAGACUCGCACUGGUUGGAGUUUACAAAGUCUGUGGUGAAGCAGUUGAGAUCCCAGCCUCCAUUCACCAUGUGUUUCCGAGUGAAGUUUUACCCCGCAGACCCAGCUGCACUGAGAGAAGAAAUAACUAGGUAUUUAGUCUUUCUGCAGAUCAAAAGAGAUCUCUACCAUGGCCGCCUCCUCUGUAAGACAUCGGAUGCUGCUUUGCUGGCAGCCUAUAUACUUCAAGCUGAGAUCGGGGAUUAUGACCCCGGGAAGCAUCCAGAGGGCUACAGCUCCAAGUUCCAAUUUUUCCCUAAACACUCAGAGAAGCUGGAAAGGAAAAUUGCCGAGAUCCACAAGACUGAACUCAGUGGUCAGACACCAGCCACAUCAGAGUUAAAUUUUUUGAGAAAAGCUCAGACUUUGGAAACCUAUGGAGUUGAUCCUCACCCAUGCAAGGAUGUAUCAGGGAAUGCUGCAUUUCUGGCCUUCACUCCCUUUGGGUUUGUGGUUCUGCAAGGCAACAAGAGAGUUCACUUCAUAAAAUGGAAUGAGGUGACUAAGCUGAAAUUUGAAGGAAAGACUUUCUAUUUAUAUGUAAGCCAGAAAGAGGAAAAGAAAAUUGUUCUUACAUAUUUUGCUCCAACACCAGAAGCCUGCAAGCAUCUUUGGAAAUGCGGAAUAGAAAACCAAGCCUUCUACAAAUUGGAGAAAUCAAGCCAGGUUCGCACCGUAUCCAGCAGUAAUUUAUUCUUCAAAGGGAGCCGGUUCCGAUACAGUGGCCGAGUGGCAAAGGAAGUAAUGGAAUCUAGUGCCAAGAUUAAAAGGGAGCCACCAGAAAUACACCGGGCCGGAAUGGUUCCCAGCCGGAGCUGCCCUUCCAUCACCCAUGGACCAAGAUUGAGCAGCGUCCCCAGGACUCGCCGAAGAGCUGUUCACAUCUCCAUCAUGGAAGGUCUGGAGUCCCUUCGGGACAGCGCCCACUCCACGCCGGUGCGCUCCACCUCCCACAGCGACACCUUCCUGCCUCACGUGCGCAGCGGCCGGGCCGACAGCAGCGAGCGGGUGGCGGUGAUAGCGGACGAGGCCUACAGCCCGGCGGACAGCGUGCUGCCCACGCCCGUGGCGGAGCACAGCCUGGAGCUGAUGCUGCUCUCGAGGCAGAUCAACGGCGCCCCCUGCAGCAUCGAAGAGGAGAAGGAAUCGGAAGCCAGCACCCCGACGGCCGCAGAAGUGGAGGCCCUGGGGGGCGAGCUGAAGGCCCUGUGCCAAGGCCACGGCGGGCCCGAGGCAGAACAGGUGAAUAAGUUUGUUUUAAGUGUCCUCCGUUUGCUCCUUGUGACUGUGGGACUCCUCUUUGUUUUGCUCCUCCUCCUGAUCAUCCUUACCGAGUCUGACCUUGACAUUGCCUUUUUCCGUGAUAUCCGCCAGACCCCUGAAUUUGAACAGUUCCAUUAUCAAUACUUUUAUCCCCUCAGGCGAUGGUUUGCCUGCAAAAUCCGCUCAGUCGUGAGCCUGCUCAUUGACACCUGAGAAGGUAUGACUCCUCCCAUUAACUAGCCAGGUGGACCGAGGAGAUACCUGCUACCCGUUCCCAGCAAUGGGACCCAUCGCGGAACCAUCGGCACAUAUAAGUCCUCCUCUCAUGACUCCAAGUACACUGCAGCCUAGGAGGGUUGUUUCCCGGGAGAAGAAAGGGAUAGGCUUGAGUCCUGCCUAAAUAAACUGGGGAAACUCAUUUUCUUCCGAAGUUCUUUCAAGAAAGACUCUGCGGUUCUUUUUCAUCUUUCCAAUUUGCAGGAUAGUUUCUGGUUUUGAAUUUUGAUUUUCAUAGAUGUGUAUUAUUUUGAAAUUAUCAAAUAAAAGAAUUUAUUUUAUUAUAAUUAACGAUUAUUCCAUUAGUGUCACCUGGCAGAUGGGACACUAGUCAAGGACUAGCACUGUUGUAUUCUGCAGGAGCCUUUGUAAUGGUGCUACUGAGUGCUAGCGGACUGGCCGUGGCAGCCUCAAAGGAAUGUGUUUGGAGUGCAGCGGUUUCCAAAAAGGGGAAUUGCUCGGGCGGGCUCCCCUCCCAGACAGAAUUUUUUCAUUAAGUCAUCUGCUUUGAAUAGUUUGGAAAGCUGGUUCACAUAAUCAACCCCUUUAGCAACUGGUCUGAGGUGGAUUUAUUUUUUUUCCCUUUUUCCCCCCAAAUCUGAGCAGAGUGUGGGCAUCUGAAGGGGCCACUGAAACAGCAGCAGCAGCAGCAACAACAGGGGUAGGGUAAGUCUGUUCCCUUAGACUAGAGCUCGGUGCACAUCAGGAUGUAUCUUGUUAUAUGAACUCAGUCAUCAGCGGAUUUUUCUCCCCAAGCUUCAACCCUUUUUUACUGGUCCAGAAGUAUUAAAAGUACUAAGGCAAUUGAAAUUACUGGCCAAGGAUUGCCCAUUCAGGAAUUUCAGGCAAAAGCAUAGCUAGCAGCAACCAUAGUUUAUUUAUCCGAAAGCUCUUUGAUUCAGUGGUACAUAAUUUGUACCACCCGAAAAGGACACUUUCACAAUGUAUGAUUUAAGAAGCAAAUGCCAUUUUGUUAAUCAUCUUUUUUUUUUUUUACUUUGUGGAGUGAGCAAAUAGAAUCUGAUUACAAAAUGGUUCAAGGAAGAAAUUGAUCCUGAGGAUGAAAAGCUUCCAGAAAAACAGAAUUUCAACAUCAAUAUCCAUGGAGGAGGCCAGAAGAAUCAGCCGAGAGGAAUUUCUAAGUCUAGAAGGUAAAAGAACUGGACUAAAUAGCGUGGAGUCACUGCUGGGGCCAUCCUCUUCAUCAGGAAAAUGAAGGCCCAAUAUCUUCACUGAGGGAAUCCUCAGCAACACCUGCCUAAGAACAUGCAGGGAAGGCAUAUGCUCGGAAAGGCACAAGAUCUUGCUUUCAUCUCAGGGAAAGAUUUCUAAGUUAUAUGGAGCCUAACAAAUCUUAUUAAGGAAGACUUGUAGUGUUCCUGAGACAUAUUUCAGAUGGCAGCUGCUUUUAUCCCUUGGGGAGGAGCAGAAUGAGCAGUUUUCAAGUUAGAUCUUCCCUUAUUAGCUGCAUACUUAGUCAAACCAGCAAAUGAACAGUAAUGAAAUGAUGAAAACGGGAUCCAUGAUCUUAAUAGAAAUCAAGGCUGUUGCACAAGCUUUUUUUUUUUAAAUACCAUUUUAUUAUUUUUAUGAAAGAUGUUUUUUUUCAUCUAUAACAUUAAAAAAUCUUCUCCUGCUCUUAGGUUGGCAGACCCAAUUACAUGCUAGGAGCAGGAGAUAUUAAGAUAUCUGUGACCAUUUUCCUUCAGAAACCUCAUGCUAUGUGAGGACCAUACCCCAUGCUAGACAAAAGAUGUCUGAAUCUGAAAGAACAGGAUGAUCCGGUGGAAUGGAUUGUCCCAGAACCUCCCUGCCAGCAACACUCUUUUUAGCAAUGACCUCCGGACAGAGUGGCAAACAGACCAAGAAUGCUGGGAGAGACAUGGGUCACUGAAUUUGCUUUCACUUUAAAAAUGAGAUGCUGCCAUUUGUAACAAGGCUUUUUAGCAUAGGACUACAAAUAAAAGGUAGACAAUGUGAGAAGAGGCUGCCAGGAGCUGGGGGCUGGUUUUAAUAUGGAUAUCUACUGUCUUAUGCAACAUAGCAGAUUACUUUUAGUGUAGUGUUCCUACCUCAGCCUGUAGUAACAUGGUGUUUCUAUGCAGCAAGUGAUAGUUUCAAUCCAGACCAUUUUCAUUAUACAUGAAAGAUACAGUAUUUCAUUUUUUAAUGUGUUACUUGUGUCUAGAGUCCAAAUGGUACAAUAGUGCUACACACCACUUCCUAUUGUGAGAUUUUGUCCAUUGAAUUGUUUUGUUUUUAAAGAAGAGUUUAACCCAAAAAAUUAUGGACAGAAUUUUUUGCUUAGAUUUACUUUUGAAAUAGACUGAAUAACAAACCUCCUUUGUCACUUACUAAUGUCAUAUGGUGUCUCUCCCACACCUUAGUACUGGUCGUGUUUUUAACUCAGUUUUAUUAUGUGUUCCACAAGGUUUCAAUUUUCUCUUCCAAUUAGUUUUAUUUCAUAGGAAAAGCAUUGGUUUCCAGAGCUUUGUCCAUCAGAGGAAACAAAUCUUUUAUUAAAGAAUAGUGUACUGCGUCCUUUAAGCAGAAGGUUAAACUACAGCAAAUGUGAAUUUCUUAGUUUCAUAAAAAUAGAUGUUAAUCCUUUCAUGUGCCAAAUCUUCGAAAGUUACAUUUUCCUUCAAUUGAUGUACCUUUUUCUACAUCCAUAAUAUGUAGUUAUCAUCAAGUCAUUGGUGCCAUGAAGACUAUUUUUAAAAUUAAAUAAAUAUUUAAAUAUCAUGGGAAA